GGCCGGAGGAGAAAGAUGGCGACGCAGAGGGUAGGAGCGGGGCCGCGCGGGCUCCCGCAGCCGCAGCUGCUACUGCUGCUGCUCCUGUUGCUGCUGUUGCUGCUCGGGCCCUGGCCGGCGGCGGGCCACGGCGGCAAAUACUCGCGGGAGAAGAAUGAGCCCGAGUUGCCGCCGAAGCGCGAGUCCCCGAACUCCCCCGGCGGGGAGUUCCGCAUGGAGAAGCUCAACCAGCUGUGGGAGAAGGCCCAGCGGCUUCAGCUUUCCCCUGUGAAGCUGUCCGAGCUCCAUGCGGAUCUGAAGAUGCAAGAAAGGGACGAAUUCGCCUGGAAGAAGCUGAAAGCUGAGGGCCUGGACGAAGAUGGAGAGAAGCAGGCCAAACUCAAGCGCAACCUCAGCGUGAUCCUGGCCAAGUAUGGCCUGGAUGGGAGAAAGGACGCCCGGGCUGUGAGCAGCAACUCCCUCAGUGACCCCACCGAGGAGGACAGCCUGGAGGACCCCAGGCUGGAGAAGCUGUGGCACAAGGCGAAGACAUCAGGGAAGUUCUCCAGUGAGGAGCUGGCCAAGCUGUGGCGGGAGUUCCAACACCACAAGGAGAAAGUGCACGAAUACAACGUCCUGCUGGAGACGCUGAGCAGGACCGAAGAAAUCCAGGAAAACGUCAUCAGCCCGUUGGACGUGAGCCGCGUCAAGGAAGACGUGCUGCACAGCAAACACGCGGAGCUCAAGGACCGGCUGCGGGGCAUCAACCAGGCGUACGACCGCCUGCGCAAAGUCAGCUACCAGGGCUAUGGCACCGAGACCGAGUUUGAGGAGCCCCGAGUGAUCGAUCUGUGGGACCUGGCCAAGUCCUCCAACUUCACUGAGAAGGAGCUGGAGUCCUUCCGGGAAGAGCUUAAGCACUUUGAAGCCAAAAUCGAGAAGCACAACCACUAUCAGAAGCAGCUGGAAAUCUCUCACCAGAAACUGAAACACGUGGAGAGCUUUGGGGACCCAGAGCACGUGAGCCGGAACAAGGAGAAGUACGCCGUGCUGGAGGAGAAGACCAAGGAGCUGGGCUACAAGGUGAAGAAGCAUUUACAGGAUCUGUCAGGCCGCAUCUCCAGAGCUCGCCACAAUGAACUCUGAAGGCCGCAGGAGGCACCGGCGGGAAGAGGCGGGGCGCUGGGCAUCUGCCUGAGCAUGGCCCAGGGACCUGCGGUGGCGCUGGACACAAGACAGGACCUUAGACAUGGUGUGUGGGG